GCUCGAUGCACGUGUGAAACGAAAACAAUAUGGCGGACGUUUGGGUUGGUUGUGAAACAGGAAUACUCAAAGGCGUUGAUUUGCACAAGAAAGAAUUUCAAAAUCAUGGAGAUCUAUCUGAGUUGAACAAGAACUCGGACGAAGUGUGUCGUAUGUGCUGGUACAACGAAUAUGAACGCAAAAUUUGUAUUGCUGCCAAAUCAGGCGUUUGUAAAGUAUUUGAUACGGAGGAGAAUCAGUUUGUUGACGAGAAAUGUUGUUUUACGAAAGAAGAGGGUGAAAUCACUGGAAUGGAAAGAACGGAUGAAAGUUUGCUGGUUUGUUCUGAGAAAGGAAUUCUAAGAAUAUUUAGAGAUUCUGAUAAUAAUCAGACGGAUAUCAAAGUUGGAAGUCACAUUGCUAGGAUGAAAAAGAACCCAUUUGAGAUGUGUCAAGUUGCUACCGGUGGGAAUGAGAAUGUUUUAAAGUUAUGGGAUCUCAAUAAACCUGAACAACCAUUGUUUAAAGCAAAAAAUGUGAGGAAUGAUAAUUUAGAUCUGCAAGUUCCAGACUAUAUAAAGGACAUUGGAUUUCUCUCAUCAUCAGGGUCAACACCUAAGAUUGUUGUUGGCACAGCUUAUCACAAGUUGAGGCUUUAUGAUUUGAAAGCUCAAAAACGUCCUGUGUUAGAUUUCAAUUAUAAGGAAUCGCCAAUCACGUGUGUCUCAGUUCCAAUGCAUGAGAAAUUUAUAAUUGUCGGCAAUGCCUAUGGAGAUAUGGGUGCUAUUGAUGUCAGAAUUGGUAAAAAUCUAGGAUCAUACAAGUCAUUCUCUGGCAGUAUUCAGGGCAUUCAGUGCCAUCAAACAGAACCACUUGUUGCAUCUUGUGGUCUGGACAGAUAUCUCAGAAUUCACCAUAUUGAUACACGACAGAUUGUAGAUAAGAUAUACUUAAAAUCCAGAUUAAAGAGUCUCUUGUUUUCAAAAACAUAUACACGGGAUUCCGGGGGGGUUAAAAAUAACUCGAACAAGCGAAGACACAAUGUUAAUACAGAAGAAGACGAAGUUGAUAGUGAGGGCGAAGAAGAUGUUUGGAAAGACAUGGAGUUAGUUCAAGACGAUCUCAUAAACAAGAAGAAAAAACAAAGAAAGAAAGAAAAAUAGAGAUUUUUGGCAGGAAAAGAACUCAACGCUUAAAAAAUAGCUAAAAUAAAAAAAAAUUCUGCGAAAAUGGACAUUUUGUAAAGUGGAAAAGAAUUGGCAAAUUGAAAUGCCACAGCAUUGCUAUCGAUUCUGGUCGUAAAAUCCCUCAAAAUGAUGAUGCAGAAAAAAGCUCGUUUAAAAAUUACCCAACACAAGUAUUCAUUGAGAAUUCAUAUACUUUACAAUGACGAGAUAAGGGCAAAGAGCUGAAGUAUCACUCUGAACUAUAAUAUGAUGCAUUUCGCUGCUAAUAAUUUUCAAAAUGGUAGUAAGCAGUUGACGUAAUUGAUUUCAUAUUUUUAAUUUUCAAAAUGAUUUGUCAUAUGAGUGUGGUUAAAGCAGAUUACAGGCUAGGAGAAUGAGGAAACAUAUAUUGUAUUUGAUCAGAAUUUAUUUCAGUAAUUUCGGUAUUACCAGUUAUUUCGGUAAAACAGAAAUACAUGAAGCGAUUAAAAUAUCAUAUCCGGCAAGGGCGUUUCGAUUUUAAUGUAAAAUUGUCGUCCGUUGCGAAGAAAGGUCAGCAUGUUAGAACACGACAUUGAAGUUUUAGUGAAAGUCUAUUUUAAAGAAAAUUCUGGUACGCGCAUUUACCCAAACACGUGCGUGCAAAGUUUAAAUCUGCAUGGUUUUUAAUGAAGACUGGAAAACGCAAAAAGUAAAAUUGAAAAUAGGUGCAAAACGGGCAUCCUGUUUGAAAAGAAAUAUAAUUAUGUCUUGUGAUGUCCGGCUUGUUUUUCUUCACUUUCUUAUUAGAAGCUCUUUGUACAAUUGAGCUGUCGGUUAUAUCACUGUAACUUGGAUAGCUCGUCAUUGUUUUUUUUUGGUUGUUUUAAUCAGAAGAUGGCGUUGAUCUGGUUAGCAGGAUUGUAUGCAAUCUUAGUAUAUUCAUCUGGUAAGAAGCAUAUCUUUGUAUUUUUUCAUGUCACUUCGACCUUAUCAUUUAAACUUCAAGCUGAUGAUUGGAAAUUUCAUACGAUUGGUUUGACAUAGGUGAAUUUUAUCG